AUGCGUAGUACUGCAUCUGACCAGCAAUGGGCGUCCACGUUAUGCCAGAUGAGGGGCAUUAGCACCGAGGAAGACCUGCCUUCAUGCAACAGGGCGUUGCUGGCACUUACUCGAAACAGCCAGUGGAGCCUGGCGCAGCAGGCGUUUGUGACUGUCGCCUGCGGGUUGCAGCUAAAUGCCAUUUCUUACAGCAUUGCAAUGCAGGCCAGUGGAUAUCUCCUGCAUCGCUGGCCACAUGCGGUCAAUGUCUUCGACUCUCAGCAGUGGGCUGGAAUGGAAUGUAAUGUCAUUCAUGCUGGACUGCUAGCCUCAGCCAUGGGUUCGUCAUGGCAGAGGGUCUGGGUGCUGCUGUCCCUGCUACGGGUUCAGGCACUUCGCAUCAGCACCAUUCUUGCUGGCACUGCCUUGGCAUCACUCGCAUCCCAUGGGUCGUGGUGGCAGGCUUGCAGCUUUUUCCAAGGCUGUUCAAACCAAGAUCUCGAAGCCAACUUGAUCUUUGUGAACACGCUUAUUGGUGCCACCGGGACACACUGGCUUCGUGCUCUUGAAAUGCGUUCUCAUCUUACCCAGCAGAAGAGGAGUUUGGUCACGCACAGUGCUAGCAUUUCCUGUUGUGAUGCGGCCGGCAUGUGGGCGCAAGCGUGCCUACUGCUGGAAGAAGCAAGCCGGAGCCGCUGUUCUCUCGAUGUUGUUGUGAUGACAGCAUGGCAGCAGGCUGUCCAGCAGCUGUUGCGAUUGCAGGCAAGCAACGCCAUCCUCCAUCGUAUCCCCACGAGCACAGCCAUCAGUGCUUGCGAGAAGGCCGCUUGUUGGGUCGUCGCGCACUCGCUGCUUCAACGAUGUCGCUGCUCUACCAUGGAGUUUGACAUCGUCUUGUGCAGCUCAUGCAUCAGUGCAUGCGAAAAGGGCAAGCAAUGGCAAAGGGCGCUGUGGCUGCUGGAUGUUAUUCAAGACAUGUUGCUGGAAGCCAAUCCCAUUACUUUUGGGGCGGCCAUCAGUGCAUGCGAGGUUUGUGACCAGUGGCAGCGUUCUCUACACCUCCUCGAAGACAUGCAAGCUCGUUGCGUGCGUGCAAACGUCAUCACUUUCAAUGCAGUAGUCAAAUCGUGUGAACGAGCAAUGAAGUGGAACGAAGCUGUGCAGCUUCUCCGACUUGCACAAGGGGGAAUGUUGCAGCCGAACAUCAUAACGUACAAUGCAGCGCUGGCUGCAUGCAGUUGUGCCAGCAAGUGGGACCAAGUGCUCACGCUCUAUCUCGAGCUUUGCGCCAACGAGUUGAAUCCUGAUUCAGUGGCCUAUGCCGCCGUGAUCAGCGCCUUCGAAUUCAUGGACCUCCAGCAGGUCCCGCCGGUGUUAUCAAAGCUGGAUGCCCUCGGCGUACUGCGCAGCAGGUUGGCCACCAGACUAGACACCGCAGCUCUUGAAAAUUGA